AGUAAUGCAGGGUUUGUCUGUCAACUGUUGCUAAGAAGAGAAGAAGAAAUCCUCCUCUGUCACGUGACACGUUGUUGUUUUUUAAAUCUGACCGCGGGACUCCGCUGAGAUAACCAGGCUUCCAGCGUGGAAUAAAGAACAGGAAUCACAAUCAACAAACCAGAAGGAGGAGUUAACUCCUGGAAUUCACUUUGAAGAUCUGACCUCAGACCAGUGAAACUAACAGUCAUUGUUACUGAGAGGAGAAAUGGCUCAGAAGGUUACUAAUCUAGAGCAAGAAAAAAUCUCCUGCUCCAUCUGUUUGGAUCUGCUGAAGGAUCCAGUAACCAUUCCCUGUGGUCACAGCUACUGUAUGGACUGUAUUAAAGACCACUGGGAUACGGAUGGUCCAAGGAGGAACUACAGCUGCCCUCAGUGCAGGAAAGAAUUCAGACCAAGACCUGUCCUGCAGAAGAACAUCAUGCUAGCUGCUUUAAUCGAUGAUCUAAAUGGAAUCCACAUUUCUCCAGCUGAUCACUGCUAUGCUGGACCUGAAGAUGUGGCCUGUGACGUCUGCAUCGGGAGGAAGCUGAAAGCUGUCAAGUCCUGCCUGGUUUGUUUGGCUUCUUAUUGUGAGAAUCACCUCCAGCCUCACUAUGAUGCUCCACCAUUAAAGAGACACAAACUGACACACCCUGUGAAAAAGCUCCAGGAGAUCAUCUGCUCUCGUCACGAUGAGGUGAUGAAGAUCUUCUGUCGUACUGAUCAGCAGUGUAUCUGUUAUCUCUGCUUAAUGGAUCAACAUAAAGGCCAUGAAACAGUCCCAGCUGAAGCUGAAAGAUCUGAAAAGCUGAAGGAGCUUCACCAGAGUCUGCAAAAAAUCCAGCAGAGAAUCCAGGACCAGGAGAAGGAAGUGAAGCUGCUUCAACAGGAGGUGGAGGCCAUCAAUGUCUCUGCUGAUAAAGCAGUGGAGGAAAAUGAGAAGAUCUUCACUGAUCUGAUCAAUCAGAUCCAGAAAAGAAGCUCUGAUCUGAAGCAGCAGAUCAGAUCCAAGCAGGAAACUGAAGUGAGUCGAAUCAAAGAGCUUCAGGCGGAGCUGGAGCAGGAGAUCACUGAGCUGAAGAGGAAAGAAGCUGAGCUGGAGAAGCUCUCAAACACAGAGGAUCUCAACCGGUUUCUCCAGAACUACCCCUCACUUCCAGAGCUCCCAUUGAAACCACCAGAGAUGCUGAGUGGCACAUUGAAAAGGAUCUCACUAAAGGUCCCUGGAGUGACCUUCAGUGAGUCUACACACUCAUCCAGCAUCAAUAUUCGUCCUCUGACGUACUUUAAGGAUGUGACAGCAGCUGUGUCAGAGCUCAGAGAGAAAAUACAGAAAACCUUGAGUUCCUCCUGGACAACCGUUUUCCUGACGGAUUUAGGCGCCGUAUGGCCGGCGAUAUUCUUAAAACGGUCACAAGAUAACCCUCUAGAUCCAAACAGAAAUCUGAUAUCAUCCGACUGGAUCAGAAAAACACAGAUGCAACAAGAGCAAUCCCAUCCUGACCGUCCGGGCAGAUUCAGCCUGGCAGAUUCCUCCUCCAGUUCCCAGAGGUUCUGAGUAGAGAUCGUUACUGGAGAGGGGCGGAUCUAGACAAACAUAUCAUGGUAGUCGAUUAAUUGUUUGGAUUCGAUAAAAAUAGAGUCCAAACCACAUUCACUAAACCUCUAUAUCCUGGGAUUCUGUUUUCUUUUUUAAGUUUAGUUCUCAGCUAAAGCUCAGCUAAGCUUAGUUCAGAGAUCAGCUGUUUUUUUGUCAUUUUUAUUUGUCAUUUUUGUCAUUUUGAUGUUGUAGUUUGGGUGCUGCCCCUCCCUGUUUCUGUUUCAUAGCCUGUCACUGCUCAGUUGUUUAUAUCCAUUUAUAGAAGCGCUGAGGGAAACUGUAUAUUAAAGUACAUCAGUCGUUGAUUCUAUGGAAAAAGAGAAGCUUCUCGUUUGUUCUGAUUGUAGAAAUGAACAAAAUGGAAAUAAAAGUGCAGAAUAAAUCUCU